AUGGCAUCCCCUGCGGCCUCCUCUUCAUCCCUCUUUUCCCCAUCGGAGCUCGAGAUACCACAGAUUAUUCAGAUAAAGCUUCACCCCCGCAAAGGGCAACCCCAGAUUCGAUGUCGCUCCACGAAAGAUCUUCCUGAUCCUCAAGGCUGGACACAUAAUUUAGACGAGGACUCAUUCCUGGUGAUAAUGGAACGCAUCAAACGCCGCAUUGCUGAUACCAACGGGUUCAAGUGGCCAGGAGGCGGAAAGCCAUACAUCCAACCAACACACAACAGCGCACAGAAGAACAACCAAGAGCUGGACGAGGGCAACUUUAAAGAACGGCUUGUCAGAGCUUGGCGUACAGAGGCACGACGCCUGGAUGGUGAUGCUACCCAGGUCUUUGUUCACCUUUAUGCGUAUCUUACGGCCACUGGAGGUGGUGUUGCCAGUAGUACAGGAAGAAGAGCCAACGUUAUCCAACGCGCGACUCGCGCAAGACUGGACGCGGCGCAUACACUCAUUGCCGACGCAGUGGAUCAAGAUAAUUUGGAAGCGAUAGGGCCGAUAACUCUUACUCAUUACGCUCGUCAUCUGGCAAAGCUUCCUGUCAUGCCUUUCGUCAAUAAAGACCAGUUGCUCCUGAUCAUGUCGCAGGGCACGACAUAG